AUGGGAGAAGGUUAUGAAGCUGUCGUUAUUAAACCACAAUGCACAUCAUUACCAUUACUGAAUAUAUCGGUUGAUAUGGAGGAAGUAUACGGGUGUAUCACGCAUGACCACGUUGUAGCACAAGUAAAGAAAGAGGAAUUGGCGGAUGAAAAGUAUGAAGAAGUGCAAAAUGUUCAAGCAGCUAUGAAGAAGCUACAACUCGCAUGUUUCUGUUCCUUUGUCUUUAUGUGUGUUCAAUUUGCGGGUGGUUACUAUGCGCAUAGUCUAGCUAUUAUGACGGACGCGGCCCACUUAUUGUCAGACGUAGCGGGGUUUCUAGUAUCACUCUUUGCCAUGUACUUGGGACAACUACCGGCAUCGUCAACGAUGCCAUUUGGUUAUUAUCGAGCUGAAGUGAUUGGUGCACUAUUGAGUGUAUUGCUUAUCUGGGUGCUGGCUAUUGGUCUCAUGUUUACAGCAGUGAGAAGACUCAUUGAUCAAGAAAGAGCUGAUGCCAAGGAGGCAGUGGAUGGCAAAGCCAUGUUCUUGGUCGCAGUCUUUGGAUUAGGUAUUAAUCUCGUGUUGAUGACAAUUUUGGGUCAUGGACAUGGACACAGUCAUGGACAUGGACACAGUCAUGGACAUGGACACAGUCAUGGCCAUGGACACAGUCAUGGCCAUGGACACAGUCACAGCCACGAUCAUGGAAAAUGUCAUAGUGGCGAGAGCUGUGUGGUGGAGAAGAGUCCGAGUCAUAAUCUGACGCGGACGCCCAUGUCAGCUAUGGCACUCAUUGACGAUGUGGAGGAGCCAUUAGCGAACGGAUUGGAGGUGCUGGUGCCCAAGUCAUCGAUGUUUGAAAACAUUAAUCUUCGUGCUGCGUAUAUUCAUGCGCUUGGUGAUUUCUUGCAAAGUUUGGGCGUCUGUUUUGCCGGUGGACUUAUCUGGUACAACCCGUCGUGGCAGAUGGCGGAUCCGGUUACGACAAUGUUGUUUUCGUUCCUGGUGCUUGGUACAACAAUUGGAGUUUUGACGCGAACUAUUCACAUUUUGAUGGAAGGUGCCCCACCUGCGUUGGACCUGCGCAUUGUUGAAAAGCAAAUUCGAGCGCUUGCGUGUGUUUACGAUGUCCAUGAUCUUCAUAUCUGGAUGCUUACUGAAGGCCACUAUGCCGCCAGCGUGCAUGUUUUACCAAACGGCGAGCCUCGUACGGCACUUCGAGCAACACAGCGCGUGUUGGCAUCGUUGGGUGUACGUCGGCAAACUGUGCAAGUGGAGGAUCCGACUGAUUGCGACUGGAAUGAAGACUUGUACUGCAACUGGACGACGUACUCAAACUUCGCGAUCGAAGCUGAGAGCAAAAUGUCAGUGCCUCGUGCUGGCACGAAGAAGGCAGCAUUCAAGCCUUUGCCCGAGGCAGCAUUCAAGCCUUUGCCCGAGGCAGCCUCUGACUAA